AUGCAGCUCAAGAACAUCGUCCUCGCCGCCUCGGCCGCUGCCACCGCCGCCGCUCUCCCGGCCACCGACGCCUCCCAGAGCCAGACCUUCGGCGUCGUUUCCAUCCACUCCACCAGCGCAGUGCAGUACCAGCCCUUCACCGCGGCCAAGAGCAGCCUCUUCGCCGGCCUCCCCAGCCAGAACGCCAGCUGCGCCCGCCCCAAGGAGCAGACCGCCACCUUCUACAUCCAGGACGGCGCUCUGUAUCUGUACGACCAGUCCGCCACUCCCCAGGAGUUCUACGUCGACCGCUCGGGCAUGGGCCAGGGUAAGAUCGGCUACACGACCGGCGCCCAGCCCGCCCCCAAGAACGCAGAGCGCCAGGGCUGGUCCAUCGACAACAACAACCACCUGCAGUUCGGCGGCAGCGACCUCAUCGCCUGCCCCAACAGCAUCGACGGCGCCUGGAGCAUCUGGGCCAGCGCCGGCGUGAGCAACCCCGCCGGCAACAGCGACUGCGUCGGCAUCGCCGCCCGCGUCGAGACCACCAACGACCCCAACGGCUGCCUGUACACCCAGUAA